GGAACGAGGGGGAGGCAGCAGAAGCUCACGGAGGUCGAAGGAACUUUUCUGAUGGAAGGGGUUGUUAAGAAACCAAGGAUUCAAUUAACUGGAUUUAAGAAUGAAGAAAAGAAGAUGCUAAUCCAGUUGCUUCUGAAAUUAGACUGUUUUUUCUUUGACAGUGAGCAAUAUAAAAAUUGCACUCAUCUUAUAGCAAAAAAGCCUUGCAAGAGUGAAAAGUUUUUAGCAGCAUGUGCAGCAGGGAAAUGGGUACUAACUAAGGACUACAUAAUUAAUAGUGCUGAAAGUGGCAGAUGGCUUGAUGAAACAACUUAUGAAUGGGGAUAUAAAAUUAAAAAAUAUUCUCUUUAUUCACCUCAAAUGCAAUCUGCACCUAAAAGAUGGCGCGAAGAGCUCACACGUUCUGGUGCUGCAGGAGCCUUCCACAAAUGGAAAGUUGUCCUGUUUGUUAUGAGUCAUGAUAAACGGAAGGAUUCUUUUAUAAGGGUUCUAAAAGCUGGGAAGGCCAAUAUUUAUGCAGCAUUAAGUACACCGAAGGAUAUUACCCAUGUUUUAACUAAUAAUACAAUAUUAAAUCAACAAAAAUGGAAACAUCUCUUUGGAGCUCCAUACUAUCCAGUUCAUUAUUUAGGAAGUUAUCUUUUAGAGGAUGAAAUUAAAAGCAACAUUGAAGAAUACCAGAAGAAAAAUGUUAAACAUGAGCAAGAAUCAAGAGGAGCAAUGGUUGAUAUGCCACUUGUUGAAAUGAGAAAUGCACUUAUCAAGCAUAUAUAUUAUCAACAGGCAAUGCUAAGCAAGUACACUCAAAUGGGCCAAAUGGUGGAAUGCAACAAAGAGCUUGAAAAUGCUCACUGUUCGAGAGGAAACAAGAUAUUGGAAGAACUUGUGGAUGAUCAUUUUUUUCCAAUUGCAAUCACAGAGUUUUUUUCUGGAAAAGAUCUUAUUCCUCCUGCUAAACUACUUCAUUCUCUUUUAGAGCAUAUUCUACAGGGCAAUUCAGACUCUACACUUUCUGUUCAGUUUUUUCACAUAAUGUAUAUUCUCCUCGAACAUAAUCCUCCUUGGAAAUCACCUUCCAUGCUAAGAUAUUACAUUGAAGUUCUUCAGUGUCCUGUUUGUAAGAAUGGAACAUGGUCUCUGAUGGAAAUGCUUGUCAGAUCUUGUCUUUAUGGCAGUAAUAUUUGUCAUUCAGUCACGAAUCCAGAAAUUACAGAUGUGGACAAAACCUUUCAUAAAAAACUGCUGAUAUUUGUGAGGAAUUUGUUCAACGCUGAAGUGCUGGCAUUAACAAAAAGAUUGUAUGAAGGAAGCGAUUCACAUAAUCUGCAACUGAUGCCACAGACCAUUCUUUUGAACACCUUUUGGUUAGGAACUGAUUCAGCGCUUUUCACCAAACAAAUAAAUAUUCUAACAGACUGGGUCAUAAAUUCAUAUAGAGAAAAGUACAAGACAAAUGACAUCUUCAGACAUGAAAUAGCUGAGCUAUUAAACGCAAUUUUGGGAGCUGUUGUGGAAUAUUGGAUUCUUUCAGGGUUCAUAAUGGACAGGAAUAUGUUGCAUUCUGUAGCUGAUGACCUUGCUUCUUAUAUUGCCAUUUCGUGUGAUGAUUUUUCAUAUGAGGAAUUAAAAGUAUUCAUUUCUUCUAUUCCAUCCCCGUGGCUUGAAAUGUUUGUUGCAGAAGCUGUGUUUAAAAAUCUGUAUUUCCAAAAUAGCACUAUUCUUUCUAAUGAACUGCUUUCUCUUCAAAAAGUGGUUUGUUGCUAUCUGCCUACUUUACAAACAGGUGUGUGUGAGAAGGGGAAGAUGCAGAAAGAAAAGAAAAAGAAAAUAGGGCUACGGCCCUGCUCUGAGUCUCAGAGGGCAUUGCUGGUGCUCAGUGGCAAUAAGCAGAACCAAACCAAAGUGCUGCCUGAUGUACCUGUACAAAUCAAAGAUAACUCUGCUCAUCUACCAAAAAAUAUAGAAAGCAGAACCAAGCCUACCAUAUUGCAUGACAAAGAAAAUUGCCAUUCUUCAGCUAGCCGGAUGAAUGUUCAUAAGGUUAAUCUUAAAGGGGAGACAGCUCUGCAUAUUGCUUGCAAAAGCAACAAUGUGAAGAAACUGAUUCGUCUUCUGGCUGUACCAGGAAUAGAUAUUAAUGUUAAAGACUAUGCUGGUUGGACACCGUUGCAUGAAGCCUGUAACCAUGGUAGCACAGUGUGCGUCCAUGAAAUUUUGCAGCAUUGUCCAGAGGUAAACCUACUCAGUCAAGUGGAUGGGGUGACUCCCUUGCAUGAUGCACUGUCAAACAGACAUGUAGCAAUUGCUGAGCUUCUACUUCAGCAUGGCGGAUCGAUAUUGCUACAGCAGAAAGAUUCUGAAGGAAACUUACCACUUGAUUACAUAAAGUGUCCAGCAACUAAGCAACAUCUUUUGAAUAUUGUGAAGCCACAACAGACAGUUGAGGAAUUUCAUGAUCAAGUACAAAGUAAUUUCUAUAAUCAACGGAAAGAAUUAUGGAUAAUCUUAUUUUGCAAGAUGUUGUUAAAUCUUUGUUCUGUAUAUGACUUAUUUAGACCUUUUCCUAUUACCUUUAAAAAGCUUGCUUGCUCAGAUCCAUUCCUGGUGACAGAUGACUGUUGUAAACUUAAUAUGAGCUCUUCUAGUCAUUGGUUAAUAGAUCUUUAUUUUAGAGAGCUUGAAACUUUUCAGAAACUCCCAGAAUAUCUUCAGAAAACAAUUGAGGAUCUUAAAAAUGGCCCAGAAGAACAGAAACAUGCUUUUUCCAUCAUGUUACAGCAAAUUAUAAUUACAAUUCAGGUGUCUGGCACAUACUUAGCUAACAAACUUCAAAAUUAGUAUGCCUUGCCUAAAAUUCAUAAUCUGAAAUAUUCAGUGGCAAUUUUUUUCCUGGAUAAUUGCUUGUCCCAAAACAUGAAAGGUUGAAGACAGGCUUAGUUGUAAGCCAUAAUAGAGAACCCUAGUAUGUGAAUAAACUAUUAUGACCAUCAACUUUAAUGUUCCCUCUCUUUUGUGUAGUGGUUGAAGAGAUUUCUAGUCUUACCCUAACUAUAGUAUUUAGUGAUUUCUCAGUUCAGGAACUGUAGUUUAAGAACAUACCAGGAUUAGACAGGACAGUGUGAUUUUUGCUAUGUUAGCCUGAGCCCCAACGUGGUUCAUUCACAUAGCAAAAAAAUAGCUUUCUGUUACGUGUAUGUGAAUUCUGUUACAAUGCACAAGUGGGUUAAAAUAAUUGUUCUCCAUUAAUUCAGUUUAUCUUCAAGCAAUCAUUAUAUAAUGAUGGUUUGAUUGGUAUACUCAUUGAUUUUCAGAAUAUUGGUCUGUAAGUUUGCAUAUUGUUUUUGGCAAUGACGUAUUUUUCUUUAUAUUGGAAUAAAAUCAAUAAUUAUAACAGAUCAUUUUUUGAUAUAACAUUCUAGCAUAUAUACUUUUAAAAAAAAAAUAAAUG